CCUCUCUGCUGGAAGGCACCAGCCUGCUGUUCUCACUGCCCAGGACAUAGCAGCGGGUCAGGGACUUCUCCAAGCAGCCUCAGCACCUGUCCCAGGAAGGUGGGCAUGGGAGGUCGGAGGAUGGCAAGGGAUGAAGAAAAUGUUUAUGAUCCCGAGGCCGGGCAGUCCCAGCAGGAGCCCAAACUGAGGCUCCUCCUGGUCGGGAAAUCUGGAACCGGGAAGAGCGCCACAGGGAACAGCAUCCUGGGCCGGGACUGCUUCCCGUCCCGGCUCAGCGCCACGCCCGUGACCACAGCCUGCACCGUGGGGACGUGCAGGUGGGGCCGGUGGCACGUGGAGGUCCUGGACACGCCGGACCUUUUAAGCUCCGACAUCACCGACUCGGACCCGCGGUGGUGGGAGUGGGGCCGCUGCGUCCUGCUCUCGGCGCCGGGGCCCCACGUCCUGCUACUGGUGACCCAGCUGGGCCGCUUCACCCACCAGGACCAACUGGCCGUGAACGCCCUGAAGGCCGCGUUCGGGGACAGCGUGCUGGAGCGCACCAUCGUGGUCUUCACGCGCGGGGAGGACCUGGCAGGGGGGUCCCUGCGGGAGUACGUGCGAGACGGGGACAACCGCGCGCUGCGCGAGCUGGUGGCCAAGUGCGGGCACCGCAUGUGCGCCUUCAACAACCGGGCCACGGGCGGCCAGCGGGAGGCGCAGGUGGCCGAGCUGAUGGCACAGGUGGAGCAACUGGUCAGGGACCAGGGCGGCGACCCCUACACAGGCGGGCCCUUCGUGCAGGCGCAGACCCCGGGUUUGGGCAGCACCCAGGACCAGCUGCGCAGGGUGGCGGCGAGUCUGGCCACGCGCAUGCACCAGCCCCGAAAGCGGAGCGGGCUGCUGGCCUGGCUGUGCGCCUGGAGCCGGGUGCCGAGCAGCCACCCAUGGAUGAGCCUGGCCCUACUGCUGGGGGGCGCCCUUCUGCUCUACCUGCUGCAGGGGUACCGGGGCACUCGGGAGCAUCUCAGGGACUCUUAGAGCCGAUGCACAGCGCGGGAGCCGGCCACGAAGGAACCGUAACCCGGAGCAGGAGAUGGAUCAGAGCGUGUCCGGCACUACCGAGAGCAGCAGUCUGAACUUUUCAGCCUCAGGUGUCACUUUUGACCUUAGAUACACACUUGUACAAUAAAGCUGUCCAAUGUUAAAACACCUUCGAAAUGUCUUAGUACUGAUGCAUUUCUCUUCUCUGAGAGAAAUAUAAAAUGGCUUGUGUUUUUAUAGUAAAGGUCCUUCACAUCUUUAGUUGCGUUGAUUGGUUGAAGAGGAACGUUGGUUCUUUCUUUCAUUGUGAAUGAUUUCGGACACUGUUUGGAAUGCUGUAGUCCUUUUAUCUCCACCUCUGCUAUUUCUUUAUUUGUAUAUAAAGAUGCCAUAAAUGUUUGUGUACUGACAAUACAGCCUUCUACUUUGUUGUACUGGUUUAUUGUUUCUAACAGGUUUUUUAGUGAGCUUCU